UUCGGCCGCUGCUUCGCUUCUGUUGCUGUUUCAUUUUCAGUUUCAGUUUCAGUUGGCCGAUGGUGCGCUUACAAAACGCCGGUUUUCGGCGGACGCGUUCGCCUUCGCUUUCGCGCUCCUCAAUAAUCCAAAAACCCUGCACACAGAUACUCACCCACACGCACUCAUAAUGACAGGGGGUGGGUUGGGCAAGGUGAAAGUGCAAUAAGAAAGUGCAGCGGGGAGGGGGCGGGGGCGGGAAAGUGCCCGAAAUUCCGGGCAGCACUCUGAAGCCAACUCUAGCAAUUGGAUGGCGUUAUUUUUGGAUUAAGCAGCGCCAAAUUGUUACAAACGAACGAACAACGACCGACAUUUAACGAUUAACAUUAAGACCAACUGAAGUAGGGGAAAGUGCUUAGGAUUCCUUUUUUCCGAACCGCCAGCAAAGAAGAACAACAAAAGAAACCCGAUAAGCGGAACUAAGUCGCGUGGAAGAUUUUAAAAAAUAUUUUUUAUCAACAAUAUUUUUGAAAAACUUCCAAAGACCCAAAGACAUUCGAAGCAGUAGCCGACGACAGAGAAGCUUCGAGGCAAACAAAGGCCAGCCAACAAGCAACCGAAGUUAAACACUUCCCAAAGAAGCAACUCGCAACUCCGCAGGAAGAAGCAGUUCAGAAAGGAAACAACCAAAGACAUACAUACAAAAUGGCCGCCCUACAACGGAAGCUGGUGCACAAGCAGUUCAACUCGCCCAUGGGCCUCUAUUCCCAGGAGAACGUGAAGGCCACCUUGAACCGCGAGCUGAAAGCCUUCGGCGGCGAGGGGAUUGAAGUCGACGACCAAAUAACGAAGCCCCUGAACUUGGCCAACUCGGCCGUUCUGCGCGCCGUCGAAGAGGAAGAACAACAAGCCAAAUGUGAUUUCUACCCCACUGAAAGGCAGAGUCGCCCGCGUCAGCGAGGCGAUGUGGAUGCACUGCAUCACACGCUGCACCAGCAGCUGCUCAAUCAGAUCAAAACAGACUAUCUCAGUCACCAGCAGGACAUCACUAUCGAUCGAGACACGGUGUUGAAAAUCAACCGUCUGGCCACCAAGAGGCAUCUGCUCAAACGGGAUCACAGCUGGCCUCCGGCUGAGCAGGAUCAACCAUCCAUCAAUCCCGAACAGAGCCAUCAGAUCUCCUGCAGUCCCUCGCACAGUAUUGAGGUUCUGAGGGAGAAGUUCCAGAGUCCCACCCUGGUUAUCGAACCCACCGCCAAACAAGUGAGAGAGCAGCGACGACGCGAUGGUGGCUCCAAAGAGAGAUCGAAAACGCCCCAAAAGGUCACCGAAGAACGCGAUCUGGCGGAGGUUUUCCAUCAAACUCCCGUAUCGAAAGGCUUCUCCGCUCCAGAGACCAAGGCAGCCGAUGUGGAUUUGGGUUUGGUGGCUCCGCGAUGUGAGUACUACGAGCAAUUGGCCCACAAAAGGUCCACCACACCAACUCUGCCCACUCAAAUCACUCCAUAUAGGCCGAGAUACAAGAGGCAGGCUCAUUCCCUGGAUCGUAGCCGCUCCCGGAAACGGACAGUGGGUGCUCCGGAAUUGCCGCCACCUAAGCCGAGAACCUCAAAGCCAAAAGUCCAACGGCGGUGCAUAAAACUGGCCACUGAGGUGAAGAUCUCAUAUGGCCACGACGGCGACAGCGAGGAUGAGCCCAAUUCUGGUCAAGAUGUGGAUUUGGAGACCUUGCCGCUGCCACCGACACCGGUGUCGCCAGCUGCCGCGAAUCUCAAUCAAGCGAAGACAGCAGGGCGAAUGGUAAUUGACAACGUGGCAGUUAAGCAGCAGCAGCAGAUGGCUUUGGCUUUGGCCACAAAUGGGAACAUCAGUCCGGUGAAUCCGAAUCCAAGUCCGUUGGCCAACACUCGCAUUGUGCCCAUUCGCGUGGAGGCAUCGGCGGAUCAGCUCAAGCUGAGUGCCCAGCAGAUCUACGACGACGCCUGUUCGUAUCUGCAGGAUCACCAGGAGAUGGAGGAUAUCCAGCCCCGAACCGAGAGUCCCACCUAUGUGAGUGCCACCGGUGGGAUUAAGUUGCUCCAACGGCAAUCGAGCAGUACGCCAACCACUCCAGUUCCACCGCCCUUGCCUUCGCCGAUAAUGCGAUCCAAGUCUGGCCAGGAUUCGCAAACUAAGGAAAAUCAGACGAAAAGACAAGGACGCAUCUACAGCGUGGAGACCACAACGGAGAAGCAGCAUGAGGCACAUGUUGAAAUUGCCCAGCUGGAGGCUAAGUAUGCCCACAUCCAGCAAUCCAUAGCGGAGCACCUGCUCCAAAUCGAUGCCUAUAUGGAGAAUGCCAAACAGGCGCUGCAAAGGAGCGCUCGGACCACACCAGUAUCAACUCCGGCACCAAUGCCACCAACAGCAACAGCAACUCCACCGCCACCUCCUCCGCCACCACCACCAGCACUACCCGCCAGACCCCUCAGUUCGGCGUCCAACGAAGCCUGGGACAUCUUCGCCCAUCGCCAGUCACCCAUUUUGGCAGUGGAAAGCCCAUUGCAGGCGAUACUCCGCCAGAUUUACACUCGGGCAGCUGGAUUACCCAAAAGGCUUUCCGAAGAGAUUAAGGAGGAUGCCGAUGCCGAGGCGGAGGAGCAAUCUCUUACCGAAAACGUGCCCAUUGUGGAGCGGGCUCUGGAGGAUCUGCACAAGAUUGCGGUGGCACUGGAGCAAAAACCGGAGCCCGCGAAACUCAUGCACGUAGAACUCCGGACAACGCCAGCUGUCACUGAAGCGGAGCACGUAAUCAUCAAGGACGAGGAACAGGACGCGGACAUGGAGUACAGACACGUAUCGGAUGUAAUUGCCAACUAUGAGCAGUUGGCCAAAAAGGAGUUCGAGGAGUGCAAGGAGGAGCAGGUGGUAAAUAGCGAGGAGGUGCUGCCCAAAACAGAGUUGAGAAAAGCAAUAGAGGAGCAGCUGGCCAAAAAAGGAUUAAGGGGAGGUAAAAAGGUACUUGAAGGGGAGGAAAAAGUCCUUACCAAUCUGGAUGUUCAAAAGGAUAUAAAAAAGGAUGCAAAGGCGGUAUCACCUUCCAAAGAUGAGUUGCUGGAAGACAAACCAGCUAUCCAAAAAGAUAGUAAAAAAGAUUUGGGUGCUAGUGAAGCCACAGCAGAUGCGGCAGUGGAGGAAAGGGACAGAUCCUGCGGCCAUGGAGACUCCUCAGUCUACUGCCCAGUUUGUGAUGAAAUGCGCUGCUCACCAAACACCUGGGGCAAACUUAACAAAGCCGAUCAGUGGCGGAUUGCCAAUCUGCACAACGAACCCUUGAAGAACUACAAAGCCACCUAUGAGAUACGGAGUCCGUACAUCUCGCGGCAGAUCUCCUGGGAGGAUAUGCAGUCGGCCAAGGAGAAUGUGCCACCGGAGAAACUGCAACGUCAGCGGAGUUUUGUGGAGAUUGUGACCACACCAGCGACAGAAUCUCCGCCUCCAUCGUCGCCGCCGCCGCCACCUCCUCCACCCAGGCAGUUGGUCCUUCAGAAACCGGAAACGGAAGUAACAUGGGAGCGUAGUCGUUCGCCCAGUCCGUUGCCAUCUCGCAAGUAUCCCGCUCCACUCAUAGAAGCUCCACAGCGCUCCAGCUCUCCCUAUGGCCUCAAUCCCGUCCAGACGAAAGCUCCGCCAUCGCCCGUUAAUCUGCCGGCGAAAUUCACGCAUGUGCCGCAGCUCGAAGGUCACAAUAUUGGACUCUUGGUGAAAACGGCCACGGAGCCAUUGCAGCAAAGCAUGUCGGCAUCCUCGUCAAUGCUGGCUGCCACGCCCCCGUCCACGCCCCGUUCUGCGGCACAGCCCUCGCCCUUCGAAUUCCCAAGUCUCGAGCCGGCGGAGGAGCAGCACAAGUUCAAAUCCCUGGCCUCCUUCGACGAGGUGCAGCGAGAUUUCGGCGUUAACCGAUCGUUCGAUAAUGUAUCACCACGUCCAUAUCUGGGUAUUGAAGGCUACAAGCGUGUGGCCUGGCCACCGGCCUCCGAGGAGCGGAUCAUCCGGGAGUUCACCCCCCAGCCGCAGACGCAGAGCCCGGCUCCCGGUGCCGGAGGCUACUAUCCGCAGGCCCACGCCCCCACAGCAGCAGCUGCCGCUCCACCUCAGGAGCCGGUGCAGGCAGUGAACAAUGUGGGUGGUGGCUGGAAACACAUUGGUGCUCCGCAGCCCAAGUCACGCAGUGAAUUCACCGCCGGCAAUGGAGCCUAUCCCCCGUUCCAGGGAUCCUACCAGCAGCAGCAGCAGCCGCAGCAGCAGCAGCAGCAGUACGGUGCUCCGUCUUACGAUGGCCAGCAGCAGCAGCCUGCAGCACAGUGGCAACAGCAGCAGCAGCAGCAGUAUCAGCCUCAAUCGCAGGCUCAGGCGCCCUAUCAGCCACCACAGUGGAACCAGCCGCAGCAGCAGCAGCAGCCAUCGUACCAGGCUUCACCGUACCAACAGCAACAGCAGCAGCAACAGCCAUCCUAUUACCCACAGCAAAAUGGUGGCUCGACCUAUGCUCAACCCCCAUACAAUUCUUAUUCGCAGCCCCAGUUGCCCUACUCGCAGGAUCAGACUGAUCUGCAGCAGCAGCAACAACAGCAGCAGCAGCAGCAGCAGUAUCCGGGAGCCUACGCUGGCCAGGAUAGCUACCGGGGCGCCAGUCCCGGCAUCAUCACCCUGCGCAAGGAGGCUCCAGUCAGCCAGAAGCCUGCGCCAGUCUACACUUCGCAGCCAGCCGCCGUCAGUUAUCAGGGAGGCAGCAAAUUGCGCGGAGAUUUGAAGUGGCCACCACCGGAGUACAAGGAGGCCGCGGCUCGCGAGAACGAGGAACGACGCCAGUUGGCGUUGGGCCCCGUCUGCCGUCCCAGGAGAGUCAACCGGCAGGACUACACACCCUUCUUUGCCAAGCACCAGUUGAACAAUGGCUAUCCCAGCUACAAGGUGCCUCCGGGCACCCAGCACAUUUUCGGCUAAGUUUGGGAAAGACUCAUUCAGAUGCCAAGAACAACAACAGCAUAAAAUUCAAUGGAACCCACUUCAUAAUAAUACUGAAAACGAUCAAUGUAUAUGUUACUAAAACGAAACACUAACGAACCAAUCUAUCUAUAGGAUAUAUACAAUUGUUAUACUAAUCUUAAAUGACCACUAACGACGCCAUAUAUACUAUACAUAUAUUACGAAACGAACCCAUGAUAGGUGAAUGCAAUACUACAGCAGGUGUGACACCAACCCGUGAAUCAUCUUCAAUAUUAUCCGUAUAAAUAGAUGCUCGCUAAUCCCACGAUCAGAUUGCAUCCACUCGAGAUAAUACUAAUGAUGAUUCGUGGGCUUGGAAUCCUGAUCCAAGCUGCCCAAACGGGGCGAUGGAUAACGAAACUCUCCAUGCACCCAUACUAUAUACACAUAUUUGGAGCAUGUGCAUAUAGUAUGGCUUAGAUUGGAGACCAGAACUAUAAGCUAAAUGCUAUAUAGUGCUAGAUUCUAAGAUGAUUGUUAAACUAUUAACUAGCAAAUGAAAAAAUGGAAACGAUGCGACCCAAGACGGAAAAAUGAUAAUGAGAUUGAACCUUGUCUUAGAUGUAAGAGCACUACUAAACUAUUUAUUGUGAGCAUAUUCUAUUUAACGCAGAUCCCGUGCAGCGAUGAGCUCAAGGAAUCCACUGGGCGAACCAUGAGUUCCCCGAUAUCGUGGCACACCCUUUGGAGCCGCUCGCACGGGUUUCUCAAUGUUUAUUGUUUGAGUUUGCAUGCUUUUUGCUUAUAUCUAUACUAUAUGCACAUAUAUAUAUAUAUUUACCUUGAAAUUGUUAAACUGCAAAUUAUAAAAAACCGUCAAAUAUCCCGCUAUAAGUAAGUUAUACAAGAGACCAGGCGACCGCGCCGAAACAAAUCUGUGAGUUCGGAAAAUGUCAUUCAAGGAUAUGAAAUGCAACGCGCUCGUUCGGAUCAUGCCACCCCUAUAAGGCCCCACCAGUCCCUCUUCCAGACGCCCGAGGUCGGCCCUUUAGUCCGCCCGCUGACCCCAGGCAAUAAUAUGAGGAUGCCUUUGCCUGCUGGACGAGCAGCCGCGGACUCAGGGCCCGGAUCUUGGCGUGUGGAGCGGGGAUGAGGCCGGGGCGAGGUCGAGGACGGGCCAACAACUCUCAGACUUUACCAAUUACUAUGACCAGCCAUGUCUAUACGCAACUACACUACGAUGUAUAACUAAUAUGAAAUGAGAAACUAAAUAAACGGCAAGUUUUGAUUACUCGCGACGAGAAGAACUA